AUGGAUAUGGAUGACAAGGAGAAGGGGAAGGCAGGGACAGUGGACAUGGCGAAGCUUACUGCGGACAUUACUGCACAGAAGGAGCUUGCAGCGAAGGGUCAAAUUUCCCAGGCGAUUGAGGGCCUUUUAAACUUGGAGAAGUCAAGUCGGCUGGUGGAGGACGUGACAGCGACCAAAGCUUGUUGCACAGCCAUUUUGGAGGUUUGCUUCGAAGCGAAAGACUGGAGAGCUCUGGAGGAAAACGUGAUGCUUUUGACGAAGCGGCGAUCGCAACUUAAGCAAGCCAUCCAAGCAACCGUACGACAAGCCAUGUCGUACAUCGACAGCAUCGCGGACAAGGAUACCCGUGUGUCCCUGAUUAAAACACUUCAGGCGGUCACGGAGGGCAAGGCAACGGCAGUUGACGCUUCGGACGUCACUUGGCAGUUUUUUGUUAUCUUUGUUGAGAUCGAGCGGGCCCGGCUGACGAAGCGGCUGGCCGCCAUCAAGGAGGCGGAUGGCAAUGUGGAUGAGGCGGCGGAUAUACUACAGGAGGUGGCGGUGGAGACGUUUGGCGCCAUGGCCAAGACGGAGAAGAUCGCCUUCAUCCUUGAGCAGGUCCGUCUGUGCCUGGACAAGAAGGACUUCGUCCGGGCCCAGAUCUUGUCUCGCAAGGUUUCCCCGCGGGCCUUCGUUGAGCGCAAGGGGGAGAGCCAGGGGGAGAUUGGCAUCGAGGGAACCGCCAUUGAGGAGGCGGAACAGGGCACCCCUCCGCUCUCGGAGCUGAAGCUGCGCUACUACGAGCUGCUGAUCCGGUACUACAGCCACCUCAACAACUACCUGGAGAUGACACGCUGCUAUCGGGCGAUAUACGAGGUGCAUGUGGCGGCUGCGGAGGAGGUGGCAAAGUGGAUGCCGCUUCACUCGCUCGUGGUCCUGAAGCACGUGUGUUGGUGCCUGGUGCUCACCCCCGCCUACUCCACCCCCCUGGGCAGCAGCAGCGACCGCACCACCCUGCUCACCACCACACAGCAGGACAAGAAGCUGUCGGAGCUGCCCGAGUACAAGGCCCUCCUGACCACCUUCACCAAUAGUGAAAUCAUUCGCUGGGCGGCCUUCGAGGCGCAGUACUCCGGGGAGAUGGCGGCGUUCAGUGACAGCCUCUUUGCGGAUCCUCCUGACCCCAAGCGGCGCGAGGACCUGCAGCUGCGCAUCAUAGAGCACAACGUGCUGGUGGCGGCCAAGUACUACAGCCGCAUGCGCACCUCCCGACUGUCCACCAUACUCGACCUGAUGCCGGAACAGAUGGAGAAGCACGUCAGUGAUCUGGUGGUGGCUAAGGCCAUUCGCGCCAAGAUUGACCGACCCGCGGGAAUCAUCACCCUGGCCCAGCCUCAGAGCCCCGAGGAGCAGCUCAACAGCUGGGGAGGGAAUAUUGCCCGGCUAUUGGAGCUGGUUGACAAGAGCUGCCAGCUGAUCGAGAAGGAGGCCAUGGUGCACAAGGUGGCGCUCAGCACGGGAGCCGCAGAACUGCUCUACAUGAUACGAUGCGUUCAAUUCGAUGCGGGUCCGCUGCGGGUCCACGAAGGGUUGCGGCGCCUGGACGCCGGAGUGCGUGACAACGUACUACGCGCGGACAAUUCGGCGCGGUGUGACGACGGAAACAGAAACCUCCAAGUCCAAACCUCCAAGUCCAAACCUGAAUGAUGCUCAUUAGAUAUUCCACCGGACCCGCUG